AGGGUAGGUAUGUAGAGGAGGUUAUUAUUCGGGGCUUGUGUGUCCUGGGUGCAAAUUCAAUAUCCACUAUAAUAUCCACUGUCUGUCGUCGUCGUAGCAGCAGCAGCGGCAGUACCAAGUGGCAAUCAGUUGGUGGAAAGUUAUUAGUACAACGAUUGGAUUGGAUUGGGUUCAACAUCUCUCUUUCUCUCAAUCUAUGCCAUAAUAAUACAACCCGACUGAAUUACCAACAACCGACAAGGGGGGGAGAGAUAAAGAUAGAGAUAGAGUCAGUCAGUCAUAUGGGAGUUGGAAUUGAAGAAAUUAUACACUGCAGUUCCUGGCUGGCUGGCUCUAUGAAUGGCAGUCCAGUCCAGUCCAGACCCACCCGCAAACCCAAUGUGAGGAGGUUGGCCCAAAUUCUGUGCGACCGGGCCCCAUGUGGACGUGGAUACACUCAUAAAAUAAUUACACUAGUAAAAUUAAAUUAAGCGGGCUCCUUUAUUUAUUACGGUUUUGGUUUGUAUUCCUCACUUUCGAUUUCGGUUUUUAUUUUGACGGUCCGGUUCACUUAUUAUGUGCCCGUCGGCCGUCGCGUUUCCUCCUCCUCCUCCUCCUCCUCCCGACGAAUCUCACCUCCCUUCUAAACCCUAAUCCGCGCCUGCGUGUAUACAAUACCAUACAAUUACAACAAUACGAUACAUUCCCAAGUUCCGUCCGGUAGGCAGGACCUCUUCUCUUCUUCUUCUUCUUCUUCUUCUUCUUCUUCUUCUUCACGGCGGAGAACUUUUUAUUCAUAGCAAACUUGUACGCCGCGACCUGAAAUAUCUUUCUGAUGGACGCCAAGGACAUAUUGGGAUUGCCCAAGAAUGCCCUGCCCUUGCCCCGCUCCAAGCCUCCCAAAGAAUCUCAGAGGAAACCCGAUGGCAUUUCUCGCGAGGUUUACGCCCUCACUGGGGGGUUGGCACCUUUGAUACCGGCCAUCGAAUCCAAUCAUUUGAAACAACGAAAAGCGCAAUCGCAAUCGGAGAACGAGAAGAUUACCUGGCAAUGGCUUCCCUUUACAAAUUCUGCGAGGAAAGAUAACCUGCAGCUUUACCAUUGGGUUCGGGUUGUGAACGGGGUUCCACCCACUGGUGAUUAUUCAUUUGCUAAAUACAACAAAUCUGUGGACGUGAUUAAGUACACGGAUGAAGAGUACGAAAAGUACUUAACAGAUCCUGCAUGGACCAAGCAAGAGACAGAUCAGUUGUUUGAUUUGUGUCACCAGUUUGAUCUCCGGUUUAUUAUCAUAGCUGAUAGGUUUCCAUCUUCAAGAACUGUUGAGGAGAUUAAGGAUCGUUAUUAUAGUGUAUGCCGAAGUAUCUUGAUUGCUCGAGCUCCAUCUCAUGCGGAUGUUGCUAGCAAUCCACUUGUUAAGGAUCCAUACAAUGCCUCCCAAGAAAUGGAAAGGAAGCGGGCAUUGAACCUACUUCUCUCCCAAACCAAGCAGCAAGAGCGGAGAGAUAUUGAGGUUCUUGCUCAAGCCAAGAGAAUAUCUGAGGCCCGGAAAUCUAUAAAGGGUUCUGCAGUGGUGGAGAGACCAGCUGUAUCAGAUGCUGUUUCACUUGGUCCUGAUAAAGUUGUCACUGAUGAUACUGUCACUCCUAUUAAUCCAGAUGUUCCCUCUUCUGCCAUCACUAACCCAGCAUCAGAAAUUGCUUCAGUCUUGUCAUCUUUACGCAUGCUAGGUGUGUACCUACGAACGUAUGCACUCGAGCAAAUGGUGCAAGCGGCAAGUUCUUCAGCUGGACUCCGGACUAUCAAACGGGUUGAGCAGACAUUACAGGAUCUUGGGGUGAACUUAAAACCAAAGGUUCCCACGAAGGCUGUCUGUGCAGAGCAUCUUGAAUUAAGAAAAGAGAUUCUGACUCUGCUGAGUCUUCAGAAACAGUUGCAAUAUAAGGAGGCAGAGGGUUCAUCCAUUCGUGAUGCUUCAUUUGCGGAAACACCUGGAACACCCCCUAAGCAGGCACUACGAGCUGCUGAUCUUGACCGAACAUUUACUCCUGAUUCAUCAAGCAUAGGAGGGGAUAGAUUGGGCAAAAGAGAGCAAAAGCGCAAGAGGGGUGGGUGUGGUUUGAUUUUAAAGGGGCCAGGAAGAUUAUCUGAGGCUCCGUCGUCACCUGCUCAAUCCAAAAGACCCCGGAAAUUCAAGGCUUCGGAUUAGCUGUGCCCAGCAGGAAGAGUGACCUGAAUUUUGCCAGCCAAGCCAAAGCCAAAGCCAAAGCCAAAACCAAGCCAGUGUCAUCAUGGUGUACUUGAUACCAAGAAGCUGAAUCUUGUGGAAGAGAAGGAAUGCAAUGCGUUAGCAGCCUGCUCUACUAAUAAAUUGCUUUUGCGCUCUGUGUAUGUGUAUAUGUAUACUCUGAGAGAGAGAGAGAGAGAGAAUCAACUGACUGCUGACUGGCAUGGCAUCUUUUACCAACCUGCAUCGCUCUCUGCUCUGUAACACAACCGUUUGUGGGUGCUCUUCAUCCCUAUUCCUUUUUCCUUUGGCCGUUGCUCCAAUCUAUACAUAAAUCUAUCUGUCUA